GCAGUGUGACACAGCCAUGUGUUAUUGAUAUUUGUUACGCCCAGUAGUCGACUAACUCUCAACGGAUACGGUUAUACAUAUUAAAUAUACCUAAACAAGAUCCUUUUAAUCGCUGACAAACUAUUUUACGCGCGUUACGAACGAAUAGAAGAUAAAUUUAAAGCAGCUUCAAAUUCCGUUGGGUUCAAACUUCCGAAAUUGCGGCGCCCUUCCCCACAGCAGCUGUAGCAAUGUGGAACUAAACUAAAGAUGCACAACAAACACGGCAGGAGAAUUUCAUUGCUUUAUGGAUAUAUUAUAGCAGCGUUGUUGCUAGUCGACUGGGCACAGAUCUCAAUAGCACAGGCACAGGAGCUGACCACAGCAAUAUCAGCGGAUGAUCCCGAUGAUUCUGCCAAAGUAAAGGUGAUAAGCGCGCCCUAUACGCUUAGCUUUAGUUUGGUGGAUGAGGAGCGGGAUAAAUAUAUCAUAGAGAAAAUCAGCUGUAACAACGGGAGCGGCUCAGCGGUUGUAGCUAAUGAGCAACAUGUGUGCGAGGGCUUGCAUCCUUGCACAAAGUACACAGCGGUGGUGACGCUAAAGCCCACAGGAGUCGAAGAUGCAGAAAGUCUAAAUGAAACGAUUGCGGCCUCCACAGAUUAUAAGGCGCCGCGCUCUAAGCUAACCUCGCUGGAGGCCACCGCCAAAAGCAUACAACUAACUUGGGAGACAAGUGAUCGCGCUUGUGUGCGCAACUUUGAAAUAUCCGCUGUGGCGCCGGAUAAUACUUUGUCACGGGCUGCCGCGAAGGAUGAAAGCAGCUAUACCUUUGAGGAUGCUUGGUCCUGUCGCAUCUACAAUGUAACGCUGGAGACCAAGAACAUAGAUGGCAAUAGUGUGGACAAGGAUACGCAGCUGGUGGAAACGCUCUAUUCAGAGCCAGGCGAACUCACGUUGAGCAUAAGCAAUCGCACGAAUGGUGAGACGCGCAUUAGCUGGAACGAGCCGGACAACAAAAGCUGCAUUGGCAAUUAUACAUUCAUUUGGCGUUUGAUUGACUGCAUUAAGCCGCCAGAGAUUAGCACUACGCUGAGUCCCGCGCUCACUACAGAGGAUGAGCUGCUGCUCACUACAGUCGAUAUGAGUGAUCAAUAUGGACCAAGAGGCGACUGCGAGUGGGAAGACUUUUCCAAUGACAGCACGUUGAAGCAGUAUCCACUCACCGAUCUGCAAGGUUGUGCCCUACACAGCAUUGAAGUUUACAUUAAUAAGGCGCACAAUGGCACACCCAAAGCUGUGCAACAGUUUACGGCAGCAGAGAAGCUGCCCAGCGCCAUUACGCAGCCAGAGCAGGUGGUAAAUGCCACAGAGCUGCGAUGGCUUUGGUCAGUACCCAGUGAUCAUAGCAAGUGUGUGGCCAACUAUAGAGUUAAUAUCACUGGUCCAAUACAACGUAGAGGGAAAGCUAACAAGCCUAAGCUAACAAAUGAAACAUUUGUGGUAUUUAGCGAUUUGGAGCCUUGUGGCAACUACGAUGUGGAAAUUGUGCCCAUUGCCUGGAAUGGCAGCGAGGGCGCCAAAUAUCAAGGCAAGAGCAGUCUAAGCGAGGAUCAACCCUCACAGAUUUUGGAUCCCACUUGGAUACUCACUGCUACUUCCAUUAAAUUAAGCUGGCAGACACCAAGCUACGCAGACUUGUGCAUUUCUGGCUAUCGCUUAUCUGGCUGGAUGGAUGUGGAUCAGACUGUGGAGGCUCUCAGUCUUAGCACCAGCGAAACCACAGUUCUAUUUGACAAAGGACUCAUGGCAUGUCAGGCUUACACCAUACAGAUUAUACCCUUUACUCUGCAGAAUCUUGACGGCGAGCUGCGUCAGGUUGAGGUCGAGACCAAAGCGGCACUGCUGAAAGCUGAAAAGAUUACCUUGGAUGUGGUUACCGACAGCGUCACUUCACACAGCCUAGAACUAAAUGCUAAGAACAAGGACUUUGAUAACAAUUGCAAUGUGAUCUUUGCGAAUUUCUCCUGCAUCACUGGGGCAAAUGUGAAAUAUCCUUCAGCUGAGAGAUUUGUGGAAAGUCAUCGCGAUGGCGGCUUUCAGGCGCUGUUGGCACCGCUCUCGCCCAACACACAAUACUUGUGCACGGUGAGGCUCUACAAUGUGGCAGGAUAUACAGAGCGCAGCACGACCAGUGACGCCACAACAGCGCGUUAUUUUCCGGAUCAGCCGCAGGAUGUUAAUCUGACGGCUAGCUCUAGCACAACCUUAACAUUCGCCUGGAGGUCGCCCACGUAUCCAAAUGGUCGAAUCCAAUAUUAUCAGACAUUUCUGAUGCGCUACGAGGCGGACUACUUUGUGCCUAGCAUUUGUGCCGCGAUCGUCGAACCGCCCAAAACAGCUACAAAGGGAGGUGAAUUGAAUAGCAUUUUUAUCGAACUGUCGCCUGCGGUCAAAUACAUAAUGCAAGUGGCGGCGCAGAAUGAAUUUGGUUUGGGUCAGUAUACGGCGCCGAUUAUAGGUACUACCCGACCCGAUGUGUCGAAGCCGGUAACCGAUUUGACUGUCAUAUCUGGCGGGCCUGAACCUAGUAAUAUCAGCUACAUUGCCAACGUGACCAUCAAUUGGACAGUGCCCUGCGAAUCAAAUGGCGAAAUCGAGCGAUUUGUUUUGCUUUUCACGGGCAGUCGACCUGAUCAAGAGAACACCACGUUUAAGCGCUCGGUAUUGCCCAAUACGUGGAAUGAAAUGGGGCGCGUGACUUAUGUGGAAUCAAACCUUAUGCCGGAGGUUAAUUAUGAAGUGGAGGUAUCUGUAAAAACACACAAUGUGAAUACGCUGAGUAUAAGCGCUAAAAAGGAAUGGAAGUCCCCAGCGGGUCUUCCAACGGGCUUGGGUGAUGACGUCAAGGCACAGAUGCGUGUAAGCGCCACUGAAACAAAUCAUCCAACCAGCUCGGCCAUAGUGCGGCUGCCGUUCAGCAUUAAGAACUCAGAUUCGGGUAAUAUUACCUAUAUAGCCUUGUUGCUGUCACAAAAGCAUUGCGCAGGCUUACCUGACAUGAGAUUUGACGUGCUACGCUCCGGUGAAUGGCCAAAGGUAAAAUCUUGGAAUGAUGUGGGCGGCGAAUGCAUUUAUCAGUAUCAGACCACGCCGGAGUUUUGUGCGUUUGAGAGCAGCAGCAGCAACUUGCGCGACAGCAACGACGAUGAUUUUGUCUUCACCAUUGGUGUGGACAAAUGUCCUGAUGCCAACAAGCCAUACUGCAAUGGACCACUCAAGGCCAAUACAGAAUACAUGAUGGUUGUGCGUCUCUUUACAAGCUCAGGUUACACCGAUGCGGCGUUGCUGGAGUUUAAAACGGACGCUGCCAUUAAGGUUACACUAAUCUUAAUCAGCGUCUGUUCUUGUCUCCUCUUGGCCAUUGUGCUGAGCUUGCUGGUGCUCUAUGUGCGUAAGCGCAUGGCGUGGCAUCGCGACUCAGUGCAAGGCAUAGAAGAUCCUUUUGGCAAUGUGACGGCCAAUAACUUUGCCAUAUUCAAGGAUGACAUAGUCAAGCCCGAAAAGCUCACCAAAGAGUUUAAGGAGAUUAAUACGGUGGCAUUAGAGGUAAGCUAUGCGGCCUCUGAGCUGGGCUCCACCAAAAAUCGUUAUGCAGACAUUUAUCCAUAUGAUAAAAAUCGUGUUAUAUUGGAUAUAGACACGGAGGGCUCUGACUAUAUAAAUGCUUCCUUUAUUGAUGGACACUCACGCAAAAAGGAAUAUAUUGCUACUCAGGGCCCAAAACCGGAAAGUGUCAUGGAUUUCUGGCGCAUGAUCUUGCAACAUAAUGUACACGUCAUUGUGCAGGUCACAGAUUUUCAAGAGGGCAAUAAGAUUAAAUGCCACAAAUAUUAUCCGUACAAUGUGCGUGGCCUACGGGUCAGCAUUAAAUCCAAAGAGUCCUUUGAAGUUUAUGAUCGUACUGAACUAUCUGUGGUGCAUGAGAAAUAUGGCUUAAAGGAGAAGGUUAUACACUUCUUUUUCAAAAAAUGGCCAGAUCAUGGUGUGCCCGAUGACCCCACGCAUCUGAUAAGUUUUGUUAAAAAAGUCAAGGCUGAAAAACGACCCAACUACUCACCCAUUGUGGUGCACUGCAGCGCGGGUGUUGGACGCACGGGCACUUUUAUAGGCUUGGAUUUGAUUAUGCAGCGUCUGAAGAGUGAAUCGAAGAUAAAUAUUUUUGAAACUGUCAAGAAACUGCGCUUUCAGCGCAUGAAAAUGGUGCAAACGCAACAACAGUACGAGUUCCUAUACGAGUGCACCUAUGAGCUGGUCAAGCACAAGAUACCGCGAGCAGGACUCAAGUUGGAGCGGCGACCCAAAGCAGAUACAACGCCUGCGCAGACUUCCAUAAAGAAGGUUAAAUUCCCGGAUAUGGACGCGGAGGCCGCAGUACAUGAUGCACCUGAUCCGGCACCCAAUGGAUUUGAAAAUACAGCAACCAAUCAGAUGUCCUUGCGACUUGAGAGCUCUGGCCUACGCAAGCAAAAGGAUUUGGAUUCCUUGGCCGAGCAGCCUGAAAGGAAUAGCUAUCAGCGACCCAACAGUGGGAAGAUUGAUUCAGCUAUAUGAUUGUACGGGCACUUUGUGAAAUCCUAUCCUAUGUACAUGUGUAUAUAAUUGUAUAUGUGUCUAUUUAUUGUAUUUUACAUUAUUAAUUUAGCAGCAAUAAGUACCAAAGCAAGUGCAUAACGCAAAUAAUUAGUUAAGUGCAAGUAAAAAAUAAUAAAAUAUCACGAAAAUUACCGGGUGCU